CGCCUCGCCACCAAACAAUUUAGAGCGAGAGAAAGGGGAGAGAGAGACAGAUGGGAAUCGUGGUAAUAGACGGCUCGACGGUACGAGACUUCGUCACCGACGAGGCACAGUUCAACAAGAGCGUCGACGAGCGCUUUGCUCUGCUGGACCUGAACAACGACGGCGUUUUGUCCCGGUCGGAGCUCCGCAAGGCCUUCGAGUCGUUCCGGCUAGUCGAGGUUCACUUCGGCGUGGACGACCCGACGCCGCCGGAGGAGCUGACGCGGCUCUACGACUCCAUAUUCGAGAAGUUCGACUGCGACCAGAGCGGGACCGUCGAUCGCGAGGAGUUCAAGUCGGAGAUGAAGAAGAUCAUGCUCGCCAUCGCCGACGGUCUCGGGUCGAGCCCGAUCCAGAUGGCGCUUGAAGACGAUGAUAAGAAUUUUCUCAAGCAAGCCGCGGAUCUCGAGGCUUCGAAGAUCUCGCAAGGGUCGUGAUUCGAUUAGUCGGUUCAUCCAACGGCUGAGAUGGCCUGUUCUCACUCUUUUGUCUACAUGUCUUGUAAUAACAGUACUUUGUGUCUGUGAGUUUCUUAUGUUAUAUAUGAAGUUUUUUUCA